AAACGAAAGGUGGCAGAGACAACGGAGAGGAGAUUGAUUAUGAAUAGUCAGUUUUUUUUCCUUUUCGUUCUUGGGGUGUGAGACAGUGAGAGAGGCGGCUUUUGUGGGCCUUUGAAGUAUGACUGAGCAAAGCCCAAUUAAAAGGAUGCGGAAAUGCUCGCUCCUCCGGUGGUGGUGACUGGGGGGAAGGACGAAUCUCUUCCAAGGCUGUUAACUCAGGGUUUCUCGCUUGAAUAGACGAGCAGUUACAGGUUGGGUGGAGUUUUUUUCCGGCAGCUUCGACAUUAGUCUAGCCGGAAAUUCGUUAGCACAAUGGCUUCGUCCCCUGUGACUGCUCCGUCGCCAGAAACUUCAGAUUCACCGACCCCCCCAUCAUCAUCAUCAUCACCACCAGCACCUCCAACAUCAUCGUCACCACCUCCAGAGUCACCACCAUCACCAUCAGAAGAAGAAUCAGAACCAGAGACCUCACCGCCACCACCUCCACCAACCUCAUCAUCCCCCAAAAAACCACCAUCUAAAAAGAAACCGCCCCAACCUCCAUCCGACGACAACGACGAUUCAUCCCCAUCUCCUCCUACAAACAAGAAGUCUAGUCGUUCGCCUCCAUCAUCCGGCAAUGUUCCUUUUCUGUCACCUCCAAGUCCCCCCAAGUCAUCAUCAUCUUCUUCUUCUGGGGCACUGUCACCGCCAACUAAGACCCCAUCGUCACGUACUAACAAAUCCUCGAAUUCUAGUUCCUCAAUGUCCUCUAGUGAUGACAAGAUACCCUUGAUAAUAGGAAUUACAGUUGGGGUGUCAGUAGUACUGGUACUUAUGAUCGUCAUGUGCGUGUACUGCUUCUGCAAGAGGAAGAGAAGGUCACAUGAUCAGAUGCAUUACUACAUGGAUCCUGCUCGUGGACCAGUCAAAGUUGGUGAAUAUUACAACAGUCCAAUGCCGCCAAAUUACUACAACAGUCCCCAAUCAAUGGAGCACGGUAUGAAGGUUCCAUCACCACCAGUCGGAGGGUGGCAUGCACCACCUCCACCUCCACCCAUGAUGAGCAGCAGCGGUGAGAUGAGCUCAAAUUACUCGGGUCCACAUCAUCCCCCUUUGCCACCUCCAUCCCCCAACAUUGCUCUUGGAUUCAACAAGAGUACAUUCACUUAUGAUGAGCUAGCGGCUGCAACUGGUGGGUUCUCUCAGGCCAACCUAUUGGGUCAAGGUGGGUUCGGAUUUGUACACAAGGGAGUGUUGGCAAAUGGAAAGCAGGUAGCAGUGAAGAGUCUGAAGUCAGGUAGCGGGCAAGGAGAGAGGGAGUUCCAGGCAGAAGUUGAAAUUAUCAGUCGUGUCCAUCACCGUCACCUGGUUUCCCUUGUUGGCUACUGCAUAGCUGGUGGGCAGCGGAUGUUGGUCUAUGAAUAUGUUCCAAACAAGACGCUGGAGUACCACCUUUAUAGCAAGAACCUUCCAACCAUGGAUUGGCCAACAAGAGUAAAAAUUGCACUAGGAUCGGCUAAGGGACUUGCCUACCUUCACGAAGACUGUCACCCUAGAAUCAUCCAUCGUGACAUUAAAGCUGCAAAUAUUCUGCUCGACCAUAAUUUUGAGGCCAUGGUGGCAGAUUUUGGACUGGCAAAGCUGUCUUCAGACAAUUAUACCCAUGUCUCCACGCGUGUCAUGGGAACAUUUGGGUAUUUGGCUCCUGAGUAUGCAUCGAGUGGCAAGCUAACUGAGAAAUCUGAUGUUUUCUCAUUUGGUGUAAUGCUAUUAGAACUGAUCACGGGACGACGUCCGGUGGAUACCACCAAUACAUACAUGGAAGAUAGCUUAGUGGAUUGGGCAAGACCUAUCUUAACACGUGCUAUGACUGAUGGCAACUAUAGUCAGCUGGUGGAUCCACGCUUGGAGAACAGGUAUGAACCCAGUGAGAUGGCAAACAUGGUAACAUGUGCUGCUGCAAGCAUUCGUCAUUCUGCAAGGAGGCGCCCAAAAAUGAGUCAGAUUGUGCGUGCUUUGGAAGGCGACGUCUCGCUGGAUGACUUGAACGAAGGGGUGAAGCCCGGGCAAAGUACGGUGUUUGGCGUGAUUGGUAGCUCAGAAUAUGAUGCGAACGCAUAUAACGCAGACAUGAUAAAGUUUAGAAAGAUGGCAUUGGAAAGCCAGGAAAUGUCUAGCAGUGAGUAUGGGGAUGGCUCCUCAAGCGGUGACUCUGCAGACAUGAACCAAUCCGGGAACCAAAGAAGGGAUUGAGUUGAUCAAACAUUCGGAUUCACUCCCUUUUUCACGUAAUGUACACAAAACAUGAUCACCAAGCUACCAUCUUUAUGUUUGUUUCUUUUUUAGGAUUUGCCGCUCGGAGUUCACCAGUUACGGCUCAUUUACAUGCCUGUGUACUGCAACUAUAUAUAUGCAACUGUGCAUGGAGGCAAACAGAUAGCUUCUAUUGAUCUUUUCAGUUGUUUCUUGUUUGGGUUACUUCAGUUUUGAAGUUAGUAACAAAGUUGGGGAUCACAACAUUUUUUUGCACUCUGCCUUUUUCGUUGAGUUUUGGAUCUUCACUAGUUUUUUCUCAGGCCUUCAGUUUGGGAAGAGUGCAAAUACAAAUAUGUUCGAUGCAAUUUGCGGUGAACAUGUUCAUAUUUGCACUCUGAAGU